AUGCUCGUCUUAUCAAUUGCGCUGUCUUUGAUACCAUUAUCAAGUGCCUUCUUCUUCCCUGGAACCGGAGGUGGAUGCAAUUGCCCGUCAGCUCCUCCAGUAGCCGCGCCAUGUGCAUGUCCUCCUCCAGUCGCCUGUCCACCACUACCAUGUCUUUCGCUACCAGCACUUCCUCCACUCCAAUUUCCAGCUCUGCCUCAAUUCCAACUCCCGCAACUGUCAUACCCUCAACCAAAAUACGCCCAACCACAAUACCCAACUGCUCCAAUGAUCGCACCACCUGCAUCGUCAUCUUACCAAACCGGUCCAAUGGCUCCACCAGCUCAAGUGCCCUCUUAUCAAACCGGUCCAAUGGCUCCACCACCUCAAGUGCCCUCUUAUCAAACCGGUCCAAUGGUGCCAGCACCUCAAGGAUCAUCCUACGCAAGCCCACAGCAAUACCAGAGCUAUUCAAACGGACCUGACGCACCACCAUACAAUCCACAACAAGGUGAAUACAGCGAACAGUCACCCGAAUCACUCGUCAACUCUCAGCCA